AUGUACUCCGGCCAUUUGCUCCUCAUGGUAUCCUUGUACCGAAUGCUUUUCAACGAUGACAAGUAUAACGAGGAAAAUGCAUUGUCCUUUACCUGGAAUCCCAUCUUCUGGGGCAUGGGACCAGAAAACAUCUUUAUCGUCUGCAACCAAUUCCUGAUCAUUGCCAUGAAAUAUAACGAUAGCCGCGAUGGCACAAACGUCGUGAAGGAAGUACUGAGCAAGUACUCCGCUGCCUGGAAAGAAAAAGGUAUGAUGGGGGAUAAUGGUCUAUUUAUUAGCUGCCCUAUUACUUUCGCACUCCGCGACCUCAUCGCGAAAGAGCACGACUUAAGCCCAGACUACCCUGCCACCAUUACCCAAGCCCGCGAAAUCGCAGCAAACACACCCACCAAGCCCGAACCCCCUUUUCCACGGCCUGUGUUUGGGUACAUCCUUCUCUCCGCCUCUGAGUUGGGAGACGACGACGGCAGAACUCUCCGUGGCUUGUUGAACCAUGUCGAUCGGUUCUUCAACCCGACCUGGCAGGAUGGCGGCCUGUACUACCCCGUCAACCCGCGACAGGCUGACGAUGAUGGAAAAUGGACCGAGGUUGAGCCCUUUACGGGUAAUAGCGCAGUGGCGUACGCCCGGCUGAAUGUGCGUGGUGGGCAGAGGAAGAUGUGGGAGGAACCAUAG